AUGAAAACUUCGGUAAACACCCUGUUUGUGUGUGUCAUAGUAGCAGUUCGUGGGUUUACUGGUAAACUAAUUAUUACACUUACCGGAAGUAAAGUCGGAAGAGUAACUGGUUUAGAUCCUGCUGGUUAUAAUUUCGCCAUUGCUGACGAAGCAGAUCGCUUGGCCAAGGAAGAUGGUGCUUUUGUAGAUGUUAUGCAUACCAAUACAGUCUUUACUCUGUCCUUUGGAACUCCUAUUGGUCAUGCAGAUUUUUAUCCAAAUGGUGGCCGAAGUCAACCAGGAUGCUUUUGGUUGAGCUGCAGUCACAUGAGAGCAACCACUCUUUUUAAGAACUCGAUCAAAACAUGUCAAUAUAGAUCACACCGAUGUCCCGAUGGGAAUGUAAUACCGGAAGCCAAGAUGGGAUAUCAUGCCCCCAGUACCUUGAGUGGAAAAUAUUGUCUGGAUACACAUGCCUUUUCACCAUAUUGUUAA